AUGGAGGCCUCCGGCUCCUGCAAAGGUUGCAAAAAGGAGGCUUUGAUUCGGGACGAUGUAACGGGCUCGUUGGUGUGCUCAUCUUGUGGACUCGUCCAACCUUUCGACAACUAUGAUCCCCAAUUGGGUGGCCUCAAUGGUCCUCAAGGUACAUUCGUCCGUGUUGGCACAACGGGCACCGGCAGCUCCUUGAACUACAAGGACAAGAAAAUCUUUGAAGCCCAGAAACUCAUCGAUGACUUGCUUUUCAAGUUAGGGUUUUCGAGUGAGAAGUCGAAUGAGGUCAGGACAAUGGUUGCCACCAUUACUGAAGGAGAGUUCGGUCAAGGCGACUGGCUUCCUGUCCUUGUUGGUGCUUGCUCGUAUGUUGUAAGGCGGCAGAGCAAUCGAGCAUUGUCUAUUGCUGAAGUGGGGUCGGUGAUUGGUUCCGAUGUUUAUGAGCUAGGGCAAAUGAUUCGCCGCGUUGUUGAAUUUUUGAAUUUGAAAUUGCCGGAUAUUGACAUUGUGAAUUCCUUGGAAUUGGCGUUUGGACAAUGUGGGAGUUUGAAUAGGGUUUCCAAGGAUAAGGUGAAUAAAAUGCUUAAACAAGGGACAUUUUUGGUGCAAUGUGCAGUGAAGUGGUUUUUGACAACGGGGCGGAGGCCGCUGCCAAUGAUUGCAGCCAUUUUAAUGUUUGUUGCAGAAUUGAAUCAAGUCGAUGUUCGGAUUGAGAAUAUAGCAAAUGAAAUUCAUGCUGGAGUGGCUACAACUAGGUUGAGGUAUAAAGAACUUUCAGAGGCUCUUGUGAAAGUUGCCCAAGCAUUGCCCUGGGGGAAGGAUGUUUCCACUAAGAAUAUAAUCAAGAAUGCACCUUUUGUGAUUCAGUAUAUGGAGAUGAAGUCGAGGUUGCUGCCUGGGAAAAGGAGGGAGAAUUUGGAGAGUGGCGGAUUUGAUUUGGACGGUGUUGUUAGUGAUUGUUUGAACAAAGAAUUUGACUAUAUACCACAAGGUUAUGACAUGGAAAAUGACUCUCAGUAUUUUGAGGCAGACAGUGAGAGUGGGUUGGACAUUGAUAACUCAGACAAGCUCAAGCUUUCGCAUGAAUGCUUAUCUGUGAUUUAUUCCAGGUUUUUGAAUGAGGAUUCUCGAGUUAACCCUGUUGGAGAGAAUGGUGGGGAUCACAGCAGAAAAAGGAGGAGAGAGUAUGAUCCUCCUGCAAUGAAUGAGUGGUGGAAUGGAAAAUCAAAUAUGAGUAAAAAGCUUUUGCUUGAGCAGAUAUUGGAGAAAGAUGUAGGAUUGGAUGCUUUGCCUCCAUCUUUUGUUUCUGGAUGCUUGGCAUAUGAACAGAGGAGAGAAAAGAUAAAUGCUGCUAAGUUGCGCAUCAGUAAGAUUAUGUAUCCAUCAAAGGCUAAUAUGGGUGACACGGAAGAGUUUUCCUCCGAGGAACAUCUACAUGCUAAGAAGAAAAGGAGGAAAACAAAAAAAAAUGGAAUUGAUUGGGAGGAUUUUGUUAUUGAAACCCUUCUCCUUCAUCAUGUUAAAGAGGAUGAAAUUGAGAAGGGGCACUACAAUACCCUAUUGGAUCUGCAUGUUUUCAACUCUGGGUGUUUGUGA